AUGAUGUCCACACGCAUCUCUGCCACUCUCCUCGUGGCUCUCCUCAUGAUGAUGAUGGUCAUGUUCUCAAACGCUUUAGAAGUGAAUACCUCUCUCUUCAACAAACUCGCCUCUACCUCAUGCAAACGUAAAAUCGAAGUCGACCGUGAUGACGGAGGUAAACGUAUUCGAUUCAGUACCAAAGCUGGUUGUAUUGAUCGAAGAAAUGACACUGCGAUUGGAGCUGUGAGUGAAAUUGAAUUCUUUGCUUCGGUUGCCAAAUUCCCAAUCUUUGGUAUGAAAGGAAAGACUGUUGUGAAAAUCAACAUGCCAGGUGACAAGAGAGACAAGGAAUUUGCUGUUCAAUUGGGAUCUAGCUUUGGAUUGGAUGAAAUUUUGGAAUAUCGUGAUAGAAAUGGUGUUGAAGGUUUUCAACCUGGUAAUGACACUGUGGUGAGAUCAUUCCGAUUGGGUCAAUACACUUGGAACGUCGAGUCAUUGACAAGAACUCCAUUGAAUGAUGCAAAUACUUCCUAUGUGUAUCAAGCUGUGGUUUCGACUCAAAUUCCUCAAUUCUGCUCAUUGAAAUUGAGUGCCAUGGUCACUUCAGAUGUCAUUUCUUUUACUUCUCCCAAGUUGGUGAACAGAACUAGUGUUGUUCAAGUGUUAAAUCCAAGCUCUUUCAAACUCACUUUGGAAGUGAAUGAUAUUAAUUAUCAAGCAAGUGAUUCAUUGAUUGCUUUGGGAGCUAUCGUUGCUUACAGAGGAAAUCGUCGUGAAAAACCAAUGCAACCAACUCAAAGAUCCAUCUUUGGUGGCGAUAAUGUCGAAAAGCCAGACGACUCCUCCGAUGAUCAACAAGUGUCACAAUUCGAUGAUGAUGUUUCUACUCAAUUGGGAGGGCAGAUUGCAAACAUUCCAAAGACUUUCUUCUCAUUCCAAAAUUUCAUUUCUAGAUGGAAUUCUUCUGCUCCAACUGUGAUCACAAGAGGUAAAUUCGUUUCCACAAAAUACAUUGCAUUCCAACCAUCUCAAGAUGGAGAGAGCUCAUUGAGAGAUGAGGUAGAUUCAAAUGCUGCUUUGGCAAGAUUUUACAUGUCCAUCACUGAGAGAGUGAAUAACUUUGUUUGGGAUCCUUCUGUAGGUUCCAGUGAGAACUCUUCAAAUUUGAGCAAUAAUGCUGCAAGAAAUGGUUGGACUGGUAUGAUUGGAAUGAUUAUGGCCUUACUUGCCUUAUUUGCUUUCUUGUUUUAA